AUGGAGAAGACAUCAGCCAUUACAAAGGUCAUUGGUGACAUCCAGUGUGAUGCCACACAUGAGUGUGUGGACAGGGACCCCUGCUGUAUGAUGGCCAACCACCAGUGGGGAUGCUGUCCUAUGCCUCAGGCUGUGUGUUGCCCAGAUAAAGUCCACUGCUGCCCUUCUGGAACUACCUGUGACUCAUCACCUGGCAAGUGUAACAGACAGGAUGGAAUCAUACUUCCCUGGAUGCAGAGGUCAUCCUCAAAUUCUCUGUUAACUGCAUAUUUUGUUCUACCGGAGACAGAAGCGUCGGUGGUGUGCCCUGGAUAUGAUUCAGAGUGUCCAUCUGGCUCCACCUGUUGUCGGCUGGCGUCAGGAAGCUGGGGUUGCUGCCCAUUGCCAGAGGCUGUGUGCUGCUCUGACAAUGUCCACUGCUGUCCAUCUGGGAUGAUCUGUGACGUCAGUCUAGGCGCCUGCAUCUAUGAUGGCAUCAGCAUUACUUGGGAAUACAAAAGGCCAGCUCGGGCCAGGAAGACACAGCACAGUGGUGGACAAGCCAAGCAUCCUAGCCCAGACAAGAGUAUCAAGGAGAUAGAAGCGUCGGUGGUGUGCCCUGGAGAUGAUUCAGAGUGUCCAUCAGGCUCCACCUGUUGUCGGCUGGCGUCAGGAAGCUGUGGUUGCUGCCCAUUGCCAGAGGCUGUGUGCUGCUCUGACAAUGUCCACUGCUGUCCAUCUGGGAUGACCUGUGACGUCAGUCUAGGCGCCUGCAUCUAUGACGGCAUCAGCAUUACUUGGGAAUACAAAAGGCCAGCUCGGGCCAGGAAGACACAGCACAGUGGUGGACAAGCCAAGCAUCCUAGCCCAGACAACAGUAUCAAGGUCCAGAAACCUCUUGACAAUGAGGUGAAAGAGUCGUCAGAGCAUGUGGUGAAUGAGAUUCUUAAUUACAUGUUUUCUUUUCUACAGGAGGAGAUAGAAGCGUCGGUGGUGUGUCCAGGGGAUGAGUCAGAGUGUCCAUCAGGAAACACCUGUUGUCGGCUGGCGUCAGGAAGCUGGGGUUGCUGCCCAUUGCCAGAGGCUGUGUGCUGCUCUGACAAUGUCCACUGCUGUCCAUCUUGGAUGAUCUGUGACGUCAGUCUGGGCGCCUGCAUCUAUGACGGCAACAGGAUGUCUUGGGAAUACAAAAGGCCAGCUCGGGCCAGGAAGACACAGCACAUUGGUGGACAAGCCAAGCAUCCUAGUCCAGACAACAAUAUCAAGGUCUAG